AUGUCUCAACUAUACUUGCCUUCAACUAAUGAGACUUUGCGUGCAUCUACAGAUGGUACAGAGCUGAAAUCAAUCCUUGAUAAUGAAACCACAACUGAAGAAUGGACCGAAGACUCCUUCCCAGGAUUGGAAAUACUGUGCAUCAUUUAUAUUACAUACUCAGUGAUCAUUUCCGUGGGACUCCUUGGAAAUGCAAUCCUCAUCAAAGUCUUUUUCAAGAUUAAAUCCAUGCAGACAGUUCCAAACAUCUUCAUCACCAGCCUGGCAUUUGGAGACCUACUGCUUUUAUUGACUUGUGUGCCUAUAGAUGCCACACGGUACAUCGUGGAUACCUGGAUCUUUGGAAGGAUUGGGUGCAAGCUGCUGUCUUUCAUCCAGUUAACCUCAGUUGGAGUCUCAGUGUUUACCCUGACUGUUCUCAGUGCUGACAGGUACAGAGCCAUCGUUAAACCCUUGGAACUGCAGACUUCAGAUGCACUCCUGAAGACUUGCUGUAAAGCAGGCUGUGUUUGGAUCAUCUCCAUGAUAUUUGCUAUCCCAGAGGCUGUCUUCUCCGACUUGUAUUCUUUCAGCGACCCUGAGAAGAAUGUAACUUUUGAGGCAUGUGCCCCUUAUCCUGUGACUGAGAAGAUCCUGCAGGAAGCUCACUCCCUGGUUUGCUUCUUAGUGUUCUAUAUUAUACCCUUAGCUGUCAUUUCUGUCUACUAUUUUCUUAUCGCCAGAACUUUAUAUAAAAGCACCUCCAACAUGCCAGCAGAAGAACACGGUCAUGCCCGUAAGCAGAUUGAAUCCCGCAAGAGAGUUGCAAAAACAGUGCUGGUGCUUGUUGCUUUGUUUGCCUUCUGCUGGUUGCCCAACCACAUCCUCUACCUAUACCGCUCUUUCACAUACCACGCUUCUGUCGAUGCUUCCACCUUCCAUCUGAUAGCUACUAUUUUUUCCCGUGCCUUGGCCUUCAGCAAUUCCUGCAUCAAUCCUUUUGCUCUUUAUUGGCUGAGUAAAAGUUUCAGGCAACACUUUAAAAAGCAAAUCUUGUGCUGUAAGGCAAAGCUUCGUUCAAAGCCUCCCAGUGCUACCCACAGCAACACACCAACCAGAGCCCCAUCCAUCACAGGCAGCACAUGUGGCUCAGAAAUCAGUGUUACAUUGCUAACAGAUUACAGCAUCACAAAAGAAGAGGAAAGUGUUUAG